UGGCACAAGAGCAGCGGCUGGGGGCGGCCAGAAGCAGCAGUAACAGCGGCAGCCGCCGCCGCCGCCGCCAGUAAACGUAGACGGUACCCGAGGGGACUGCCCAAACGGUCGGCACUCAAAGCAGCGCUUGGGUCCCGCUGCAGUCUGCGGCGGGGGAUGGGCAGGCGGCGGCGGUCCCGCCUGCUGAGGGUUGACCCCUGCCGGUCCCGGCCCUGAGCUGGUCCCGAGCCCUCCACCCGAAAUCCCUGCGUCCUCCACGGCCCAGGUUAAAUGGAAACCAUCCUUGGGAACUGGAAUCCUGUGUAGCUAGCUUUUCACCAUAUCAGCGUAUUGCAAUGAGUGGGGGAGGAGAGCAGCCGGAUAUCCUGAGUGUUGGAAUCCUGGUCAAAGAAAGAUGGAAAGUGUUGAGAAAGAUUGGGGGUGGGGGCUUUGGAGAAAUUUACGAUGCCUUGGACAUGGUCACCAGGGAAAAUGUUGCACUGAAGGUGGAAUCAGCUCAACAACCAAAACAAGUUCUGAAAAUGGAGUUUGCUGUUUUGAAAAAACUACAAGGGAAAGACCAUGUUUGUAGAUUUAUUGGCUGUGGGAGGAACGAUCGAUUCAACUAUGUGGUCAUGCAGUUGCAGGGUCGGAAUCUGGCUGAUCUUCGCCGUAGCCAGUCCCGGGGCACAUUCAGCAUUAGCACUACUCUUCGGCUGGGUAGACAGAUUCUGGAGUCUAUUGAGGGCAUCCAUUCUGUGGGAUUCUUGCACCGAGACAUCAAACCGUCGAACUUCGCCAUGGGUCGCUUUCCUAGUACAUGUAGGAAAUGUUACAUGCUUGAUUUUGGCUUAGCUCGACAAUUUACCAAUUCCUGUGGUGAUGUCAGACCACCUCGAGCUGUGGCAGGCUUUCGUGGGACAGUUCGUUAUGCAUCAGUCAAUGCUCAUCGAAACAGGGAAAUGGGAAGACAUGAUGACCUUUGGUCCUUAUUUUACAUGUUGGUGGAAUUUGUGGUUGGUCAGUUGCCUUGGAGAAAAAUAAAGGACAAGGAGCAAGUAGGUUCUAUUAAGGAGAGGUAUGACCACAGGCUCAUGUUGAAACAUCUCCCUGCAGAAUUCAGCAUCUUUCUGGACCAUAUCUCCUCUUUGGAUUAUUUUACAAAACCAGACUACCAGCUUCUUACAUCCGUGUUUGACAAUAGCAUCAAGACCUUUGGAGUUAUUGAGAGUGACCCUUUUGACUGGGAGAAGACUGGAACUGAUGGCUCCCUAACAACCACCACCACUUCUACCACCCCUCAACUGCAUACCCGCUUGACCCCUGCUGCAAUUGGAAUUGCCAAUGCCACUCCCAUCCCAGGAGACUUGCUUCGAGAAAAUACAGAUGAGGUGUUUCCAGAUGAACAGCUUAGUGAUGGGGAGAAUGGCAUCCCUGUUGGUGUGUCACCAGAUAAAUUGCCUGGAUCUCUGGGACACCCUCGUCCCCAGGAGAAGGAUGUCUGGGAAGAGAUGGAUGCCAACAAGAACAAGAUAAAGCUUGGAAUUUGUAAGGCUGCUACUGAAGAGGAGAACAGCCAUGGUCAAGGAAAUGGUAUUCUCAACGCUCCAAGCCUUGGUUCACCAGUACGUGUCCGCUCAGAAAUUACUCAGCCAGACAGAGAUGUUCCACUGGUGCGAAAGUUACGUUCCAUCCACAGUUUUGAGCUGGAAAAACGUCUGACACUGGAGCCAAAGCCAGAUACUGACAAGUUUCUUGAGAUCUGCCUGGAGAAAAUGCAGAAAGAUUCCAGUGCAGGAAAGGAAUCUGUUCUCCCGGCUCUGCUUCAUAAGCCUUGUGUUCCUGCUGCAUCCCGUACUGACCAUAUUUGGCACUAUGAUGAAGAAUACCUUCCAGAUGCCUCCAAACCUGCCUCUGCCAACACCCCUGAGCAGGCAGAUGGUGGUGGCAGCAAUGGAUUUAUAGCUGUUAACCUGAGCUCUUGCAAGCAGGAGGUUGAUUCCAAAGAAUGGGUGAUUGUGGACAAAGAACAGGACCUUCAGGAUUUUAGGACAAAUGAGGCUUUAGGCCAUAAAACAACUGCAAGCCCUUCUGAUGAGGAGCCUGAAGUGCUUCAAGUCCUGGAGGAAUCACCCCAAGAUGAAAGGCUUCGAUUAGGUCCUUGGGCAGAAAAUGAUCAUUUAAAGAAGGAAACCUCAGGUGUGGUCUUGGCACUUUCUGCACAGUGUUCUGCCACUGUUGCUUCAGAACAGUAUACAGAUAGGCUAGAACUCCAGGCUGGAGUUGCUAGUCAGUUUAUUGCAGCAACACCCACAAGUCCAAUGGAAGCACAAGCAGAAGGACCCUUUACAGUGAUUACAAUUCCUAGACCUUCUGUGGCAUCUACACAGUCGACUUCAGGAAGCUUUUACUAUGGUCAACAACCAGAGAAGAAAGAUCUUCAGCCCAUGGAGCCCACUGUGGAGCUUUAUUCUCCAAGAGAGAACUUCUCUGGCUUGGUUGUGACAGAGGGUGAACCUCCUAGUGGAGGAAGCAGAACUGAUUUGGGGCUUCAGAUAGAGCACAUUGGUCAUGACAUGUUACCCAGUAUUAGAGAGAGUGGCACAUCUCAAGACUUGGGACCAAAAGACCUACCUGACCAUAGUAGACUGGUUGUGAGAGAAUUUGAGAAUCUUCCUGGGGAGACUGAAGAGAAAAGCAUUCUUCUAGGGUCAGAUGAUGAAGAUGAGAAGUUAAGAAAAGGGCAGCAUUGUAUUGAAAUCGCUCCUCUCCCAGGAGAUUUGGUAUCUGUGGAAAGGGAUCACUUACCUGCUGCUGAAACUCUUGAUGUGCCGAAGACACAGACUUUUAGUGUGGUGCCAAAUCAAGACAAAAAUCAUGAGAUAAUGAAGCUUCUGGCAGUUGGAACUUCAGAAACUUCUCCAAGAGUCAUUGAUCCACAUGUUGAAGGACAGAUAGGCCAGGUGGCAGCAAUGCAAAAAAGUAAGAUAUCUAAGGAUGAUGACAUCAAGAGUGAAGAUUUGCCAGGUCAUCAAGGAGACCUCUCUACUUUUUUGCACCAAGAGGGUAAGAGAGAGAAAAUUGCCCCUAGAAAUGGAGAACUAUUUCAUUGUGUUUCAGAGAAUGAACAUGGUCCCCCAACUCGAAAGGAUGUGGUUAGGUCAUCCUUUGUAAGUAGACAUAGCCGAAUCCCUGUUUUAGCACAAGAGAUAGACUCAACUUUUGAAUCAUCCUCUCCAGUCUCUGCAAAAGAAAAGCUCCUCCAAAAGAAAGCUUACCAGCCAGACCUAGUGAAACUUCUGGUGGAAAAAAGGCAAUUUAAGAAUUUCCUUGGUGACCUCCCAAGUGCCUCUGAUAAACUGUUGGAUGAGAAGAAACUAGCUACUGUUCCUGUUCCCUUUUCUGGGGAGGAAGUCUCCACUCCCUUUUCAAGACUGGCAGUAGAUUCUCACCUGAGUAGGUCAGCUGAAGAUAGCUUUCUGUCACCUAUCAUCUCCCAGUCCAAAAAGAGCAAAAUUCCAAGGCCAGUUUCAUGGGUCAACUCAGAUCAAGUCAGUAGCUUAACUUCAUCUCAGUUCUUGCCUCGGCCACCACCAGGAAAGCCACCCAUGAGGCCUGGAGUAGAAGCCAGGCUGCGCAGAUAUAAAGUUCUAGGGAGUAGUAACUCCGACUCAGACCUUUUCUCCCGCCUGGCUCAAAUUCUUCAAAAUGGAUCUCAGAAACCCUGGAGCACUAUUCAAUGCAAGAGUCCAGGAUCUCCUCACAAUCCCAAAACACCACCCAAGAGUCCAGUUGUACCUCGCAGGAGUCCCAGUGCCUCCCCUCGAAGCUCGUCCUUGCCUCGCACGUCUAGUUCCUCACCAUCUAGGGCUGGACGGCCCCACCAUGACCAGAGGAGUUCAUCCCCACAUCUGGGGAGAAGCAAGUCACCUCCCAGCCACUCAGGUUCGUCCUCCUCCAAGAGGUCCUGCCAACAGGAGCAUUGCAAAUCCAGCAAGAAUGGCCUGAAAGGAUCCAGCAGCCUCCACCACCACUCUGCCAGCACUAAAAUGCCCCCAGGGAAGAGUAAGCCAGCCAGUAAACUCAGCAGAUAGGAGCUGGGCUGCAUCUCUAAGAAAGGUGUGAGAUCUUCCUCCUAAACCUGAUGCAUGUGUGUUCCUGUACUGUCUAUUUAAAAAAUCAUUGUUGAUCUUCUCUUGCAAAAGAAAGUAACAUGAUCAAUUAUUUAUAAGAAGACAUAAAUAUAUGAUAAGGAAUUACCUAAGGCAGGCAGCAAGCAGAUCAAGAAUCAAUGCCUUUGUAUAGGAAGGGACAAUCCAGCAAAAUCCAAGGGGGAGAAACUCAUUAAAUGAGCUCUCAUUUUUUGCUGUCUUUGAAAGAGUACUCUUUUGUCUACAAAAGAGUAGAGAAUGGGAGACAGAAUGGAAUUUUAAGGGAUUUUGCCUAAUUUUUUAAACCUCUACUCAAAGAUUAUAUAGCAAAAGUGAAACUUCUUUGAUAUUUUCAUUCAAAACUUCCCAACCUUGGAGAUUCAUUGCUCACGUAUUAGAGUAUGUAAGAAGUCUGUUGUCAGGGAACCAGUACUCGUGUAUGUUUUGCUUGUGUGUUUAUUCAGUGUAAUGAGAAUUCAUACCUUUACUUUGCCUCAUUCCUAAUACUGUCCGUGGAUUUCACAUUUUUUCACCUGAUCUGAUCUCUUCUCUUUUAACAAUACAUUCUAAUAGGCAUUUAGCAGCACGUGCUAAGAAUUUCAAAUCCAAUUACCCUUUUUUAAAAAAUUGUCCUAAUAUAUUUUCUUUUUCUUUUUCUUUUAUUUUUAAAUAUUUUUCUUUAGAGCAACAUUUCUUAACCUAGUAUAUUUUUAUUAUGGAAAGUUACUGAGAAACUUAGGUAAAGGAAAGAAAAGUCUGACUAGAGCUACUUUGCAGGCUUUAGUGUUUAGAGAGAAAGGAACUGUGUGUGGAGUAAUAUCCUUUAAGAUAAAACAACCCCUUUUCUCCUUGUUAAGUUUCCUCCUUUGUUGGAGGAAAAUUGACCAUAGUAGACUGCUUCCUUAAGUCUUCUAGGUACCAACUAUUUCUAACAUCAACCUCUAAGAUGAUACCAGAGAAGCACAGUGCUUUAGAAUGUGACUUUAUGCUUUUAGAGAUUUAGAAAGAAAAAUAGAAAGAAAUUAGGUAUGGUAUUGAGGCUAAUAAUUCUCAGACUUUGUAUUUGAUACAUUUAGCCAACAGGGAAUGAAUAUCUGGGAAAAUAAAUUUAGGCUAAAUAUUUUUAUUUUAAUGUUUUAUUACCUGCUUCUAUGCUUUGGUUCAGUAUUUGGGCUUCUUGGCCUGAUUUCCAUGUAAUCUCAAUUUCUGAAGAUAUGAAGAGGAUCAUAUUUGUCCUAAUCUCAGUCUUCUGCUAACAAGAAUCAGGCAAAAUUAAAGUAUACCAGACUUUUAAAAUAGGCUCUUCUGUAUUCUCUAGAUGUUUUUGUGUUGUAAAGACCUUAUUAAGGUCAGGUAAAUUGUUCUGCUUGCUGUUGAAAUUUGCCUUCUAGCAAACAUCUGUGCUUUCUUUUUGAUCUUGUGUUUGCUGCCAAACCUUAAUAUGGUUGAAUUGGAAAACAAAAAAAGAAAGAAAUGUAUUUUCUCAGCCAAGUGAAGAUAUUCUAAUGCUGCAUCAAAGCUGCCCUGAAGCUGCACCGAACUUACCUUGUUUUCUUUAUCUGUGUUGCGUUUUUUAAAAAACAAACUCAAAACACCGUUGAGGCAUAUAAGGUCUUCUAUGAGAAAUGUAGCAUACUAUGGACUCUUAAUUUCUUUCCAGUUUCAAGCACUACAGAGGAACGCAAUAGAUAAGACAUAUUUGCUGUUUACCUAAAGCAACUGUAAUAUUGGAAGACUGAUCCGUCUGUAUUAUAUUGUAUAAUAGUUGCUAUAACACUACUUGCAUGUGUUCAUGGUAAAUUAUAUAAAUAUUUAUAAA